AUGGGGAUCUCAUUUCAUCCAGCCUGCAGUGACGAGUUGGGGGGUGAGUGUGGGAGGGAGACCGACAAUAAAGGGACCUUAAAAUUAGAAAUAUUACAGUCACAGGCAGCACGGACCAAACUCUUCUCUGGUUUUCAUUUUGCCAGUAAAUCAGCUUACUACAAAUCUUCCUUGUGCAAAAGCUCUCAGCAGCUUCCUGCUGAUGUUUCAGGGCUCUUCUGUUACACCCUUCUACCUUCCCAGCACGAGAGAAAAUGCUUCUGCAAGAAGGAAUUAAUGAACAGAGCUGCAAAAGAAUGUGUGACGACCUCUCCUGACACGGCAAAAACUUUCCACCCAUGUCACGACAAAGGGGAGAAGAGGGUUCAAGGAAACAUUGUGCCUACUAAGUGCCAGAAAGAAAUGCUGAGGGAAUGGAAGAAGGCCUCCUUUCACAGAUACCAGCUAAAGCACUCAGCCCCCAAAUGCAGUGAUAGCCAUGACAACGACAACGGGUCGGGGGGGGGGGGUCCGUGUUCGCGAUCUGAACCUUUGGUACCUACAAGGAGGGUGUCUCACGGAACGGUAGCUAAGACCUCACCAGAACCGCGCGGAAGUGAGGAGUCACGGCCAAAGGCGCCCGCUGGAGCCUCCUCUCUGGGCCGGACCCCAGCCCGAGCGGCCGAAAGGAGCCCCCCGCCCGGAUCACAGCUGCCGCUGAAAUUCGCUGUGGCCGCUGCCUCUUCCCGCUUUAAUCCCAGACCUCCAGUCAUUGGGCAGCUCCUCAGAGGCAAGAAGUCAACACCAUGGCAACCCCACAAGCCUAUCAAAUCGCCGGCUGGUGUGACAGCAGCAACAAUGCAGGCAGGAGUGGGCUGGGCAGAAGAGCAGAGUGGCCACUGCGCUCAGGUAUAUGGUCUGGGAGUGGAGAGCAGCUGUCAGCCUCCACGGUCUAGCUACACAGAUGUGCACCACUCGGUUCAUACCCCUACCCCAAGUCCCCUAGUAGGUCUAGAGGAGGAGGAGGAAGAAGAAGAGGAGGGACGCAUGUAAGAUUGGAAGAGCUUCGGAAGAGUUUCAAGCUAAAAGUCAUCGAAGCCUAGAUAUUGUAAACUAAAGAUGCCCUGUGCCCCAAUAUUCCACGAAACCAAACCACACUAGGCAGCCUCAGAACUAAAUUUAAGUGGUUUGCACAAAGGUGUGGGGGUUUUCUUCACCAGUUCUUCUAUCACGUGCUUGAACAAAAGUAAUGAAACAUUCUGCUCUGGAGUUCCAAAAGGAUCAAAGAAACCAUGGCACUUUUACUGUCUGCUAAGUGUUGGAUUCUGAAAAAAAAAAAA